AUGGCUUUGGUAGGCACCAAGUGCUCCGCUUGUCUUCUUGUUUUGGCGGUAUGGGGUGUUAUUAUGCUGGUCCUUAUGGGUGUGCUUACGCGUGUAAACGCUGUGGCCUUCAUUGAGGAUAUACCAAUUAACAUGACGGAAUGGGAGCAAACUAAAUUUUCUCCGGCUUACAUUGACGAGAAGUUCGCUAUGGUUUCGACCAAUUGUUUCAUUGCUGCAGGCGUUUACCUUCUUGUUCUCAUUUUUGCUGCUGUCCAACUUCACCUCAACACUCGUCGUAGUUAUUCAACCCCGUAA